GAGAGAGGCAGGCAGAAAGAGGAGGGAGAGCCACGGAGGAAAAAAAGGGAGAGAGGCAGCCAGGCAGAGAGAGAGUGGGAGCUGGCGGUCUGGUGGCCUUGCAUAACACACGUUGGAGAAGCCUCACACGCAAGACCUGGUGCUGGCUUUUGCACAGGAAAGGGGGGGCCGGCGGAGGGGGGAGACCUCCUCUGCCAUCAGGCCGAUUGCAGGGCAACGGAGGGGCAACUCCUAAACAGAGUCCUCGCAAGAGGCACAAAGGAAGGAAUCGGGACGAGGACGCUGCGAGGAAGCACGUCUCCGGGAUUCACUCUGUUGAGGCGCAGGAGGAUCAUUGCACAUGUUCUGCAAGCGGUGGCUGUGGAAGGACUGAUUCCUCCAACAUUGUGGAAGAAGUGGAUCCAUCAGAGAUGAUACCGCAUGAAGUUUAUGGAGCUCAUUUUAUGAGCUGUAGUGAUUCCACCUUGUCUGGAUUGAGACCUGGAGCUGUAUGCUAGUCAACACCAACAGAGCCAUUGCACCCUGACAAAGAGAGAACACAUUAACGCUGACAGUGAGCGUGAGAGAGACACUGCAGACAAUAGAAGUGCUCACAGAGAUUUAAAACCAAUCUGGCACAAUGAAAUCCAAUCAGGAGCGAAGUAAUGGAUGUCUGCCACCUAAAAAACGAGAAAUCCUGGCACUGGAGCAGAGGCCAGUGGCAGUGGCUCCAUCAACUCCUCCAGUGGUCCAUCACAAUCCUGCUCCCCACACAGAGAACCUAGCAUGGCUGGCAAGUGUAGCCAGUGAACGAUGCAGGUCCAGAGACUCAGAGAGCCCAAGAUGUCCCAUACCAUCUACUUCCUCCUCGUCUCCUCCUACUAUUCCAACCUCAGCUACUACUCUAUCAGCAGUGCCGUUGGCCUCCCUACCUGCAGUUUAUCCCACAGCCAUUCCCCAGCCCACAGGAACCAUCCAGUUUGCUCAGCUUGGACCCAAUGUUCAGUUCAUAAGCUCUGGACCCUAUGCUGGCUACAUCUCCUCUCACGUAGUUCCCGCUAAUACCAGCUCUAUGGGACAGCGCCCUCACCUGGAUGGUUACACCACUGCCCUGAUCUCGCCUGGCACCAAAGGGGAACAGCAGUUCCAAAUUGGCCUCUCUCCCACAGAGCUUGCUCCCGUCUCCCUCCCAAGCUCUCCGCAAGUCACCAGCCAGUACAUCCAUCUUGAUAGCAGAACACCUCUGACUGUCAGUGGAGCUGCCGUCUCUACAACACCUGGAACCCACCUCCAGCUCCACCCUCAUACUGCUGUCCUGCCUCAAACGCUCACCCUCGCUCCCUCUCAGUUGGUUGUUCAGUAUGCAGAUGGUUCUGCCGGAAAGAAACCAGAGGUACAUGCUAAGAGUGUGCUGAACGGUGAGCUAGAAGUGGUCAAACCGAUUAAAGCUCCCACCCAACCAGCAAAUCAUCAGCAAGUUCAGAGCUAUGAGGCACGACACAUCCUCGUGCCAGCAGACUAUGGCCAGAACCCAUCAGGACUUCAGACCUCCCUAUUACUUGUGGCCCAGCCAAACCAUAGCACUGAUCAGGAACAUGGUUCAAAUAAGAUUUCCUUAGUUCAGACUGAGAAGGGAAGCAUCUGUUUGGGAAAACCUAUUUCAAGAUCUUCCUCCUUUUCCUCCCUCUCGUCAUCAGAGGUGAUGAAGUCUGUCACACCCCAUACAGUCAUUCAGACGACUCUGCCCCCUGACGAGCUGCCAGCCAGUCUUUAUUCUUCCACACAAGCACCCAUCAUUGGCUAUAUCACCAGUGCCAACCAGCAUGCAGUCAGCUACCAUGCAGCGCUGCCACAGCACCUGGUCAUUCCAAGUGGUCAGUCCCUUCUCAUCCCAGUCAGCAGUGCAAAUAACAGCACAGAAAUGGAAACCAGCCGUGCUGUCAGCUCCCUGACGGCGACCACAACGCCUCAAAUAUCCACCGCCAUGCCUCAUGCCUAUCUUGCAACUGCCCUGUCCAAAUGUGAGCCAAUAGGCCCAGAUGGAAAUCAAGUUCCUCCUGCUGUAGCCCCAGCUCCAGCUCUCCCAGCCUUGCCUUCAAACCAUGUCCCUGCAGUAGUGGCAGCUUCCUCCCCAGUCCCAGCUCCAGUUACCGUUUCUGCCAAUGCUUCCAUUCAAGGUUCUCCCACUAUCUCCUCUCCCUCCUCACCUGUGGCGCUUCCGCCAUUCUUUAUGCGAGGCUCAAUCAUCCAGCUUGCUGAUGGAGAGUUGAAGCGUGUGGAGGAUCUCAAAACAGAAGACUUCAUCCAGAGUGCAGAAAUCAGCAGUGAGCUGAAGAUUGACUCCAGCACAGUUGAGCGAAUCGAUAGUGGCCCGAGUCCUAAUGCUGUGGUCAUUCAGUUUUCUGUGGGGGAGCUCAAAGCCCAGGUGUGUGUGGAGGUGCUGGUGGAAUAUCCCUUCUUCGUAUUUGGACAGGGGUGGUCAUCCUGUUGUCCUGACAGGACCACGCAGCUCUUUGAGCUGUCCUGCGCUAAGCUGUGUGUAGGUGAUGUUUGUGUGUCUCUGACCCUUCGGGGUCUAAGGAAUGGUUCUCUACCAGACAGCCAGGGUUUGGGAGCUAGGUUGAAGACCGCAAGACUCUCUGACCCCGGUAACAACACAGAUCCCUCUGUCAGCAACAGUCUAAGGUCAAACACUACAGGCAUGAACAGCGGUCUUCUUAUGAAGGCUUCCAGUGUCAAAAGGAUAACUGGAUCUGCGUCAGGACGGCAUGUACCACGCGAAAUGGGACAAAAUCCAGGAUCAGUGCAAGGGAUCUGUGGAGGAGAAUCUGUACUGGCAAUCUCUGGAACUGCAGGUAUAAGAGAGGGAUCAGAGAAAAUAGAUAUGACCACGCUCUGCAAAAUACAGUCCAGAGAUCCAGACAGAACCACUGUUCGCAAGAGACGAUGGUCCGCUCCGGAGCGGGACCAGACUGAAAGAGUGGAGGGGGAGCCUCCGUGGACUCUGCUCAAACCCUCCAUCAUCUCUCAGGAGGUGAAAAUCAGCAUAGAGGGCCACUCAAGCAGCGGCAGAGAAAAAUGCUUGAUCAAACUGUAGUCUGUCGAGGGAGCUUAUAAGAAAUAUGUUUGUACUGUGUUUAUCUACUCUGUAUUCUCUCUAUUCAGACUAAUAUAACAUGGCAGAGUUUACACAGUAUCACCAUUUUUAUUUCUACCAUAGGUUCAGACACCUUCAACAAAGUACAGUGUGUGGUCGCGCACACUGUGGAAUCAGUGCAAUCAAUGCUGUAAGCAAAAAUAAGUGCAGUGUGCAUGUUGAGCUUGAGUGUUGGUAAGACGCCUAUAAGUGUGUCAUCUAUCAUGAGCUGGAUCUCUGUUGUCACAUCAUUCACAGCCGUCGCAUUCUGGACUGACAAACAUGAACAAGCACAGAACAGAUGUUCAUGUGUAGACGGCAAGCCAUCGCAUUUUUUGUUUCUUUGGAUGGAGUAACGUUAUAAGCGCUAGUACAUUUAGGAGUCAAAGAUCAACCACUGUAUGGUUUCAUGAUGAUAUUAAUUUGGCAAUAAUCAUGGCAGAAAUCUUUGCCAUCUCACACAUCUGUUCGGUUUUUAUUACUAUCAUUCAUUCUUUCACACCACUGAGCGUGUGCUGCCGCAGAUUUUGUGUAAGUGACUGUUUGUUUGUAAGAUUGUCAACAGUGAGGCACACGGCGUGCACAGAGGUCAGGUAUGAAUGUAAACCACUGCUUUUUGUCUUCGAUAUUGACUUAUGAAGUCACGGACGUGUGGUUUGUCGCACCGGCAAUGAGUACAUGACAAUUUGAUACAGACGGUUUGCAAAACGUGUGUCACAGCAGUCGUGCAAUCCCACAUUCCUAUAGUAGUUCAGUUCUAAAGAAAUCAGGCAGCCCCAAGAUAGGUGUUUUCAAGCCUGGCAGCAUGCCGCAUUUCUAUGUAAAAAAUCAAGAGACUACCAAUCUGAAUAUGCUCACCCCAACACUCCGAAAAAGUACAUUAGUGUAUCUUUAGGGGUACUAUGGCUUGUAAAUGGGUAUGGUACCUCAAAGGGCACAUGCUUUUGUACCACUAACGCUUAACUUUUACAACUUGGGAGCACCCUUAUACCUUCACCUUGUAGGCUAUUAGCUCUGUUAGGUAUAGUUGAGUAGAUUGAUCCUCGAGUGGAAUAAAUUGACUCCCACUUCACCCCUAUUUCUGAAACUGUAUAGAUCUAAACUGCAAUAUGAACAGAAGCUGGCAAGCCAGCCACAAAUAAUUGCCUUAUUACGCAUCCAGAAGACAAGAAGAAACCUCAACCUCCAUUUGGAGUUAAGCAGAAGCCUGAUCAAAUUCACUCUCCCUUUUAGCUCUGUUUCAGUUACCUGAAGGAAUACAGUAUGUGGCUCUACAGCUGGUAAGUGAUCCUCUAGCUCGCUAUCGGCUUCCAUCUCCCUUUGCAGGCUCACUACCCUGGGCAACUAAUGCAGCAGUUCCACUGCAGAGUAUGUGCUCAGCUCAGCUCUACUCUCCUCAAUCCAGGAUUGUUGGUUUUCCACUUCAAAACAGUACUGUGGGAAACAGUGAAGCGCAAUCCUCAGUGAACAUAUCAAUCUAAAUGUAACACACUAAACAACAACAUUGGAGGAGAACAAGGGUCUCCUAUAUUUACCAUAAGGUUGGCAGCAGUAUCGAGAGAAUGUUUAUUCACAAAGAGACCAAAGUCAGCAAAAUGGAGACUGUGGAAUAUGAUAUGAGGCAGAAAGGUUCCAGGACUGGUGUCAUAAAAGAUACACUGUAUUUCAAACCCAAACUACAAAGAGUUUUCAUCUUCAGUGUGGGCCAGACGAUCAACAGUAUGUCUAGAAAGAGAUCCUGUAGUGGUUUCUUUGUUCAGUGCGCGGGAAGAGGCAAGAAUUGUGGCAGGAUGUGUCACCAUGACAACGAACCUGCUCACAAUGCCCUGAGCAUUUGACAGUUCCUGGCCAAGAAGAACAUCAUAUUACUGGAGCAACCUCACCACUCACCCCACCCGGCGUUGUGUGAUUUCUUCCUCUUUCCCAAGCUCAAGGGGGUCAUCAAGGGGAUCCAUUUUGAAGACAUGAACAACAUCAAGAUGGCCAUGAUGACAGCUGUUGAGGUAUCCAAAAUAAUCCCUUCUUGAGUGCAUGAUGGCGUUGCAUAGAAGGCUGGGAAAGUGUGUUACACUCUAGGAUUUCUUCGAAGGGGAAAACUUGUACUUUGUAGUUUGGUUUUGAAAUAUAUCCUCUGUGACACCAGUCCCGGAACCUUUCUGACACACUUUGUAUAAUACUUCAGUGUCGAUGACGUAGCUAAGGCACUGCAACAGAGUAAGCUAACGUGUGUUCUAACUAUAAAGCCUCAUAAACUAUAAUGAUACAACUAUGAUGAAUCCACUCGCAAUGAGUGACCAGCAGAGGUUUAUGCCACCCAUGUAGUAUCGCCUCACGAGCGAAGUACGUGCUGUGCAGUGGAAAAAAGGCAUAACACUCUUAGGGUUUAUCAAGUAGAGUGGGUCCUGGACAGUGGAGUGUGUAGACUUUUGAUGUGUUCAGAUUACAAAUGUUCCCAGGAAAUUGUACUUUGUCUCAUUUCGUUCUGUUUUUGUUUGGGUUCUGAAAUGUUAGACCUUUGGACCAUAUCUUUGAAAUUCUAGGCCAAAUUCUGAGUUGUUCUACCACCAAAAUGUUUGGGUUCCGAUGGUCAACUGUUUCUGUCGAUGAAAACAGCUGCAUGAGUAAUAAGUGUGGCGAAGGCUAAAGCACAACAUCCUCUGUUAACUAGUUAGUUGACAGCUAGAGAGUGCUCAGUAGCGCUGAGGGAGAUUGAUAAAUAAAAUGAUCAUAUUGUUAGGGACAUUACUAGAUCAGGUUGGCCUGGUUUAAAAACCAGGUGGGGCCGAUACAAAAAAAGCCUCUUUUCCUCAACGAAGUUCUUGUCUUCAAGUACAUACCUGCGACAUCAGCGCCUCUGUGGCGUCAGUCUUUUUGGUAUUUCAUUUUCAUUUAAGAAUAGAGCCAAAAUCCUACAGUUCAUACUCAGGAAGGGUGUGUGUGUCCGUAUGCAUGUAUGUGUGCCUGAGGCGGUAAAUCUAUGUGGACGAUCACUUGUGUUUGUGUACAUUCUGAGCAGCAGCACUUUGAUGAAGCAUCCGGUGGGUGUGGGGUUUCGGCAAAGGCGAUGGCGGUCAUAUCCCCCAACACCCGAAGAGGAUAAUCAACUGACUGUUUUUCAUCAUGUCCUACAUGUAUAAUGAUGGCAUAGUGAGGCAGGGAAUGUAAACACCCAUUGGACAAACUAUCUCACUUUUAUUUUUGAUGAUGGAUAGAGCUACUAUUUAGAGAAAGAAAGCUACUGAAAGCCAGCUAGUGUUGAUUUGUACAGUAAAUUGUAUCCUAGGAUUAUGUACAGUGUGUGUAUAUAGAUAUUUUAACCCUUAUGUAGCCUAUGUACUGUAUGAGCCACGGCGCUCUUUCUUUAAUCAUUCCAUUGAUGCAGCCAUCAAAGUGGUCCUGAUAUUGCUUCAAUUAAUGAAUGUGACACCACCUUCUUUAAAUUUGGCCUCCUCCUUCUAAUAAUGAACUUUACCUUGCACAGUGUAAAAUACAAUACGUUGAUGAUCCUGUUCACCACGAUAGCAAUUGUCCUUUUCUAACUCCUGUAGGUGUUUUCUUGAGAUACUAAAAAAAAAAAAAAAAAAAAAUCAGACUGUUCUGUUUGUGUUCUGCUCAGGCUAAACACUGCCCACUGACUGUUGUCCAUCCAAAAUCUCACAUUGUUCACUUCAAUGUAUAACGCAACUACUUAAAAUUUGUCAUCAAAGUACGGGUUUUGUAUCUUUUCGUUUUCCAGACCAGGAGAAAUAUGUUUGGAGCCUAUGCUUCCCAAUAUCGUGUAGUAUAAUGUAUUUCUGUUGUGUAUUGUGCAACCCACUCAGUCAGACCUUGCAGUCUGGUUUGCUGAAAAUGUUUCCAAAACUGCACGAACUCCAAAAGGAUGUCAUGUUUGAGAAACCGCACCCCGUAGUUGGAAGCAAUCGGUGUGCUUGGACCGUGUUGGAAUUUUCCUUCUGUAUUUGUUUCUUCAGACACUAAUCUAAAAUGACAUUGCAGCACAGAUAAAUCAAUAAAAUGUGGCGUCGGCACCAAAACAAAUAGUUGGGGUGGGGGGAGUUUAGAUGUUGCGCAGCAAAUAAAAAGCCAUACACUCUCAGAAAAAAGGUACAUUGUCUUUAGGGCUACAAUAGCUUGUCAGAGGUGUAGCACCCACAAAGAUACUGCUUUUGUACCAUUGACACUUUUACAACUAGGGAAUAUACCUGUACCUUUUUGGUCAUGAAAGGUACGACAGUUAACUAGUUGUCUAGUAAUUAGCCAGCUGACUCCUACUGUACCCCUAUUUCUGACAGUGUAGCUAGCAGACGAUUAGCUUAGCAUAAACAAGUGAAACCACCUCAGACUGCUCAAAGAAAUCUCUCGAGAGGAAAUGAAGCGUACACUCACAAAAGAAUUGUUUUAACAAGCAUGUAAAGGGUAGUGGUUGUGUUUUGUUUAUAAUAAGUUGCAAUAUAUUACCUGGAGAUUGUGGGCUUGCAGUUAUCAGGAACGUUCUCCAGGAAAUAGACCUGCCUCAACUCCUUAAACCACAUCCUGUUUUCGUGCUGGUAGUUAUUUUUGUACAAAUUGGCAUUUGUAGCUUGGCAAACAUUUGCUCAGUCCGUUGCCUGUUAUUGGACUGGCAUAUUUGCACUCAAUUUAAUGUCUCUAUGCCUUUUCAGGCCAGGCACAGCCAUAAUUAUCCUGGCUAACCAAAUUUCUGCUCAGUCAGCGAUUGGUUGAAAUUAUUUUAUGACAUAUGAACUCAAAUCAUGAGUUUAAGACAUAGCACUUAGAAGUAGAAAGACCCAAUAGAGAAAGCCAAUUUAUUACAGAUUUCAAUAAUAUCGUGCCCUAAAUUACUUAAUUGUACUGAAGAAUGUUGGAAAUGAUGGAGUACUGCAUUGCACUUUGACAUAUGGGGCCAUCUUUUGAAUUGUAAAUAGUAAGUAAGUAGUAAAGUCUUCCAAAAUGUUGACGAAGGGGAGGAUAACAAAACAAUCCUAUCCAAGCCACACAGUCACUUAACAGAAAAUUACAUGAUUUUGCUUCUUUUUGCACCAGUUCAACACAGCCAUUACGAGCACUUUCUUUCCAAAACAACUGUACACGGACUGUGUGAAACGGUUUUGUAAUAGAGGUCUGUUUGUUGGACAAAUCUCAGCUAUGAUCCCCUACGCCCGACUACACUUUAUUAUGUAUCAAUAAUGUUCCCCUGUUUUGAUGGUGUUGAGGUUUGCCAAUCAGAAACUGUUAAAUAUUUGCUUACAAUGUUUGAUUUCAAAUUUUAUCAAAUAUAUUCCAAAAGAAAUAAAGACUAAUGUAAUUCA